AUGCCACGUGGUAAUCUUGAAACAAUUUAUCCUCGACCAUUAUUAUUAACAUAUAUUUGUUCGGAAUUAAUCGAUAGUGAAACAAUAAAUUAUAAACGUGCAUUUGAAUUAAUGCGUAAAAAUCGUCUUAAUCUUAAUUUUCUUUAUGAUUAUAAACCAAAACAAUUUUAUGAUUAUAUUCCAAUAUUUAUUUCUAAUUUACGUAAUGAUGAUGAUAUAUGUUUAUUUUUAAGUGAAAUUGAUAAUGAAAAAAAUACACGAGAUGAAUAUAUGAAAUAUAUAUUAAAACAAGAAAAAAAUCCUUCAACAGAUACUCAACAAUGGCAUCCAAAAGCAAAUUUAUUAUGUGAAAAAUUUCGUUCAUAUCUUUUAUCAACAACUAAUUCAUUAGAACAUAUUAAUUCCAUAUUAACAACUUAUGUAAAACAAUCACCAUCAAAUAUGGAAGGUUCUUUAGUAUAUUUAAAUCAACAUCCAAAAUAUUUUGAUAAUGCUAUACGUUAUUUAACAUAUUUUAUUGAUAUUGAUCGUUUAUAUGAUAUUGCAUUAGGUACAUAUAAUUUUGAUCUUGUUUUAAUGAUAAGUGAAAAAACACAAAAAGAUCCAAAAGAAUAUUUACCUGAAUUAAAUCAAUUACGUUCAAUAGAUAAUUAUCAUUGGCAAAAAUUUAAAAUUGAUUGUCGUUUAAAACGUUAUAAGAAAGCAAUUGAAAAUGCAUGUGAUUAUUUUAUUGAACAAUUAUUAAAUAAAAAACAAAAUCAAUAUGAUGAAAAAUUUCAAGAAUUUGUUAAUAUUUUAGAAAAUAAUCGUUUAUAUAAAUUAGCUAUAAAAAAAUUUCUAUCAAAUCAACAAAUACAAUCAACUAUGGAAUAUAUUAAUCAAAUUAUUAAAUUAUAUGGAGAUUAUUUAAUGACAAAAAAAUAUUAUAUUGAAGCUGCACUUAUUUAUGAACGAGGAAAAUUUUAUGAACAAGCAAGUAAAGCUUAUAGACAAGGAAAAGAUGUACAAAAUUCAUUGAAAUUAUUACCGAAUAUAUCUAAAGAAAUAAAACAACCCAACAUUAAUAUGGACCAAUAUCGUUCAUUAGCUGAACAAUUUCGUCAUGAUUCAUUAUAUAUUGAAUCUGGUCAAAUCUAUGAAAAUUAUCUUGAUGAUAAUGAAGAAGCUCUUGUUUCUUAUUUACAAGGUCAUGAAUGGUCUCAUGUUAUUCGUCUAUUUUCAACAUCAUUAAAUGAUCGUCAUGAUUUAUAUGAACAUGAAUUUCUUUCAACAUUUAAUAGUUUUCAUGAUGAUAUACAACGACAAAUUCAUAAUGAUUAUGAAAAAUUUCAAUCAUAUACAAAACGUCUUUCAAUUCUUCGAACAAAUCUUUUUCAAUAUAUAAAAGAAAUACUUGAUUCAGGUCGAGAUUAUGAUAUUGAUGAAAAUGAUGAUCAAUCAGAUAAUGAUGAUCAACAAAUCAAUGAUGAUCGACGAACAUUAAUUACACGUACAAAUCGACAUAAUGAUGAUAGUGGUUCAAUACGAACACGUUUAACAAAAAAAUCUGGUUCAAUAACAUCAAGUAAAAAAUCACAACGACGUGCUGCACAACAACAAGAACGAUUAGUACAAUUAAAAGAAGGUUCAAAACAUGAAGAUCUUGCAUUAGUACGUGAAUUAUGGUUAUUAAUAACAAAAUUUGAUAAAUUAAAUUUUGAUAUUCGUCAUAUGAAUAAAAUAUGUUAUCAAAUAAGUACAUAUCAAAAUUCAUUAGAUUAUGAACAAAAAGGUGAAUUAUUACAAAAUAAAUAUAAUGAAUAUAUAAAUUCAAUUGAAAAACAAUUAACAACAAUAUGGUUAAGUAAUCUUGAUCAACAACAACAGCAGGAAAAUGUUCAAGUAAUGGUUAUAAAUAAAAAAAUUCGAGAAAAAUUUAAAAAAGAUCUUGAUCUUAUAUCGAAUCAAUAUCGUGUUUCACCGACAUUAACUUCAAAAACUUCACAAUGGAAACUUGUUCUUUUUGAUACGGAUAUUUCUAAUAAAAAUAAAAUCAUGACUGAACUUAAUGAUGAUUUCUAUUUACGAUAUUAUGUUGGUCAUAAAGGAAAAUUUGGACAUGAAUUUCUUGAAUUUGAAUUUCGACCUGAUGGAAAAUUACGUUAUGCAAAUAAUUCGAAUUAUAAAAAAGAUACUUUAAUUCGAAAAGAAGUUUAUGUUAAUCGAACUAUUAUUGAAGAAUUAAAACGUAUUGUUAAUGAAACAGAUAUUAUGAAAGAAGAUGAUGCUGUUUGGCCACCACAAGAUCGUACUGGUCGACAAGAAUUGGAAAUAGUUCUUGGUGAUGAACAUAUUUCAUUUACAACAGCAAAAAUUGGUUCAUUAAUCGAUAUAAAUAAUAGUCGUGAUCCCGAUGGUUUACGUUGUUUUUAUUAUUUGGUUCAAGAUUUGAAAUGUAUUGUUUUUUCACUUAUUGGUCUACAUUUCAAGAUUCAACCAAUUUAA